AUGAGCGUUACUCGCGUUCGAACCCCUCCGGAGGUGUUGAUAAGAGUCAGGCGACGUAGUAAAACUGCAGUUCAUCCUGGAAAAUGCCAUCUGGUAUGCAAUGGAAUCAUGAGGCCUACUGAUUUCACUUUGGGAAAUUCAGCUAGCAAUAGUCUGGGUGAAAUAAGUAAUGUCAGAAAACUUUUCAUUUCAUCUGACCGAAAUAUAAACAUUUCCUCCUCGAGUUCACACUUUGAUAAAAGGUACAACUACAUUUCGGCACCUUUCACCCUUACUAGCUCAUCCCAGCUAAACAGUCACGUGAAGCAGCUUGAAGCUUCUAUCCGUCUUCUCGCGGAACAUCUGGUCGACAUCGCUCUCGAGCAGUGCCUCUGCUGCGACAGCAUUCCAUUGGCAGCACUCUGCAUCACCAGGCAACCGAAUCAGGUUGUCUUGUCUUCCACCGCCGUCACUACUGCAGACGAACUGUUAGCCUGGCAACAGAGAGUGCUACAACUGUGGUCAAGCCUGGUAACCAGCUGUCCAGCAGGCCUAUCUCGACAGGUUCAGCUACAGGUUGUCAGCCAAUCUCUCGCCUGUUUCACUCAGAGGUACGCUGCUCGUCUCGAGGUGGAAACCAGGCCAGAACAACUGCAUUCGAUCGGGUUAGUAGGACGAUUGAUAUCUAAAAUUUAG